GUCCUAUCAAAAUUUAUUGAAGGGUUUAGUAUGUGGGGAAUGAAGACCCUUUUUAAAUCGGAUGUGGGUAAUUCAGAAAUAAAGUUGGGAACCAUUGGACUAUAAGUAUAUAUCAGAUGGAAUUCUUCUUUGAUUGGUUUAAAUCAUUUUGGGAUAAAUAAUAUAAUGAUGUUUAUUAUUUAUAAAUUUUACACCGAUCCCGUGAAUUCAUUUUAAACCGUCUGAUGGCAGCACAGUGAUCAUGAAAUCUUGCCAAAGUUGGGCAAAGGACAUUGCAAAAAUUGACUUUUACUUCUAUUUGAUUAUUUCUGUCCAACUUAUGACAUUUGUAUAUUUUAUCACCAGAAACUAUCUCAACUAACUAGUUUGUAAUUGAGUCGUUUCAAAACAGCUAUGCAUAUCCCUAUGUUAUUCGUUUGUUCGAUGUUUGCUGCCAAUGUGUUCAAAGGUGCAACCGCAUUGACUUGCGAAGAUUGUCCAGGAUGUGAUGGUGUGUGUCAUAAUACUCCCGAUGGUCAAGUUUGUGCUUGUGCGGACGAUAAAUUUGGAACAAACUGCGAUUUAUGUUUGAUCAAGCCUGAAUUUACUGACGGUGGAAAUGGAUACCAAUACUUGAAAACUAUUGAAGUUUACAAUUAUAUCUCAGCUCAGUUGUUUUGCGAAAGAAAUGGCGGCCAUCUCGCAAUUUAUGGACCACGUGAUCCAAACUGGUUAACUGCAAAUUCCGCCGCGUUCGGUGGAACUUAUGUGGGGCUCACAGACAGAGAUACAGAAGGAACAUUUUACUGGAACGACGGGGCGUUAGCCGAUGAAGUUUAUACUCCGUGGUUACCAUCCCAACCUGACGACCUAAAUAACCAAGACUGUGCGUUGCUUAGAACAGACGGAUUUCUCAAAGAUGAAGCUUGUACAAUAUUAUCUCGGGCUCUCUGUGAGAUACCAAUAGGUGAGAUUUCAAAAAUUUUCAAGAAAGUUGCCUCUAAGUGAAGUU